AUGGACCUAGCUGAGAAAACACCAGAAGCUGCAGAAGGGCAGGAUGUGGCAACACCGCUUCGCGUGAGGCCUGAUAAGAUUAAGGCGGUCACGAAACUGCUGAUGAAUAGCAAAUACAGUCUCAUGGAUGAUCUGAAUUACAUAACAAGCUUCCCUGAGUACAGCGACGGUCCUGUUGCGUCACAAAUCAAAGAAGAUGGGCCAGAUGGGGAACACUCGGUGAAAUCUGAGGAGGCCCGUCCAAUAAUCUCCAUACCCAGGUCAACUAGAAUCGAAGCUGAACGUGUCAGGAUCUACAUCGAGUAUUACUACCAUUACAUUGAUAAAUCUAUCGGUCCUGAUGGCUCUGCUCACCAUCAUGAGGGCGUGGAGGGCGUUUACAAUCCUUUGCAAGUUAUAAGAAACAGGAAACUGAGAAAAAAAUAUCACGAAAUGCCUGCUCGACAGUUGUUCCUGCAAAAGGCACCAAUCAUCGCUGUGAACCAGUUCUCGAAGAAGCCCAAUAAGAAAUUGCCUUGGUUUGUGGAGUUGGGUGAACGCGCCAGCGAUUUAACCUGGAGAACGUCGCACUGGGAUGAGCUGGUCGGCCCACAUGGUAAGCUAUGGUUUGAGCCCAGUAAAGCGUCAUCAGCGAGCCCAAAAAAGGAGUCGCAUCGCUAUCAUCGCCAUCACAGCAAGCGGCGAGCUUCCUCCCAUGUAGACCUAACUCUCAGCUCGCCUUAUUCCCUAAAUGGCAUCAAUCCGAGCUCGCCCGAGCUCCGAACACAGCAUAGAGGCAGUACAUCUGACGUGAGUGCUGUCAGCCACUCAGAAUUGCCAGUAUCUCACUUGGCGACUCCCGAGGAAGUAUCUUCCUUAGAUGAUGGCGAACGAUCAAGGUUAAAUAGAUUCGAAAUGAUGAUGAAUAAGACAUCAAAGCGAUGGUCAAAAUCUCCCAAUCUGCGCCGCAGAAGCCAAAGCUCGAUAGAUAAAUUAUCAAUGCCAAGCAGCCGAGGAGAAAAUUACAUUAGGAGGACCCCAGCACAUAGCAGAGCAAGCAGCAGCAGUGUUUUAGCGGCAGAAAGCGUCCCCUAUAUGACACCUAUCGAAAAUGGCAACAGUCAAAGGACAACGCUGCUGAGUGCUUUGCCUGUGGUCCAUGCUAGGAGGCCAUCGCAGGAGAAGGACAAUGUGCAGGUUGAGCAUGUCGAGGCUUCCACUACAAAUUCAAAAAUAGAUGACAAGGACUUCGAUUCAGUAGAUCCCUUGGAUCCCGCAGAGAAACGACUGCAAACGGAUGAACAGCUGGAAAACCUAUGGGCUGAUACAAAAUACAUUGGAGUCACAUUACGCAUGUUGCAGCAUAGGCGAAUAACCCAUUCAAUAGUGAAAAGUAGAGGCGUACAGAAACGGAAUAAAAUGCAAUGCUACGACAGCAUGGAUCUCAUUGUCAAUGCUACUUCGACAGUUUUAAACACAUAUGAUGAAGAGUUAAAUAAAGCACUCAAAAAAGGUAACAAUCUGACAUCCAAGAUACUCAAUGAUUAUUCCAUGAGAGUUGAGACAUUGAUUUCAACGUCUGACAGAAUAUUGAGCGACAUCAAUACCUCACUAACCCUAAAAUUGAAACUCUUCCAAGAGAAUGCCGACAGGUUUGGCAGUUUAAAAAUGAUGAGGGCACAGAGGCUCACAAAGCUUUUCUACGGGAUACUUGAAUUUGCCAUAGUGGUUUUUUUGUGGAGCGUUUGGUUCGCAGUCAGCUUGCUGAAAUGGAUGAAACUGCUGGUAACUGCUGUAUUCAGGAUUAUCCUGUGGAUGCUGUGGUGA